AUGAAGACGACUGCUACUGUUUCUCGAAGAAUAGAUAUUCUUGAAGCCGGGCAGCUAGGAGUUGAUAAAAUGGACAUUGAUGACGAAAAGGAUAAGGAUAAGGAUGAUGAUGAUGACGAUGAAGAUGACACUAUGUUGGCAGAUGAUGUUAUAGGAAUUGCCCGAGAAGUUGCUGCUACACUCAGCAUAGCCCAAGACAGAAGGAAGGGACCUCGUCCGGGUAAAGAAGGCAAGACAGAAAAGAAAGUUCGAUACAGAGCCAUAGGCAAAGAAGAAAAAUAUCGAGAUGAUAUAUUCAUUAUGACUUCUCUCCACCAUCACGUCUCAAUCUCUCACGUCUCUGUCUCGCAGCCCUAUCUGAGAUACCUUGAGACAGGAAGGAUGCCGGAUUUCAAACACGAGUUUUUCCAAACAAAGGAAGGGAAAGACUGGGACAAACUUAAGAUUCAAAAAACUCGAUUCUGGGACCUCUUGGAUCCACAGGAGCGAGUAGAGGCCUGCUAUGCUUUUUGCGGUGUUCAAAACUGGCUGAGUAGAGAGGAGACGAAAAGAUAA